UUUUUUGUUUCUGUUUUCUAGAGAUUUUCACUGUGAACAGGAUUUUGCGCGAGAAUUUUGGCUAUGGAGGAAGAUCGAGAAGUUGCUGGUGAUGAGAGUAAGCCUGAAGCGAAAGCUAUUUAUCUGGAGUUGAUUGCUCAAGACCCUCGUAGUCUUGGGCAAGUACAAGGUUUUGGCCAGCCACCAUCACCCAAUUUCAAACUCUGUGGACUGAAUUCAGUGCAAGAUCAUCAACUGCCGUUGGAGUUCUGGAACGAAUUCCCUCGAAAGUUUCAUGCUACUGACCCCUUUUACCAAAAAUCCCACUAUGGAGUGCUGAAUCGACUGAGAGAUUGGGGGUUUGAGUUGCAAGCGUUCACCCAGAAUUUCCACGAUUUUAGCAAAACUACGAAAAUUGAAACCCGUCACUAUAUCUUAUGCCGAUACCCGAGCACAAGCACUUCUGCGUCCAGUGCUCGUCAAACGGACAUUCAAGACAUUGCAGUUGAAGUUCCUGCAAACAAACAAGAAGAUGCAUCAUCCUCGAACACGUCACGACCUGUUGUGCCGAGCCCAAUAAAGAAUCUACCAGAAGAUCCAUCAUCAGCACAGGAAAAUAUGCUGGCUGAAACGUCAGUGCCAGAGGGGAAUUCCGCUGGGUCAACGGCUAUGUAUCUUCACGUUCAGUUCGUGAACAACCUUGUACCUGUGUUGGAAUGCGAUAUAAUUGGAUUGGACUCUGUGCCAGUUGAUCUUAUGCCCAGUGAAUUCUGGGAGGAAUUCCCUCGACAAUGUCCACUCUAUGCUGGAGAUCCCUUCCAGGUGAGCAAAGUGAACCCUUAG